AUGCAAUUUACUUUUGCCCUGUUCGCCGCAGCUGCGCUGCUGACCCCCGUCUAUUCCAAUGCAAUCCCCCCGAUGAUCCGCCGCGAGUCUGACCUCAAGAUCGAAUCCUGCACUACCAGCCAACAGGCCGUGGUCGAAGCCGCCGUUCAACGCGCCGCCUCUGUCGCCAAGGCCGCCGCCGACGCCGCCGUUAAUGGCGACGCUAACAUCUUCGAAGAGUUCUUCCGCACCACCGACACCGCAUCCCGCCAGGAUGUCGCCGCCCGCUUCGAGGCCAUCGCCAACGAGGCCUCCAACUUCGGCAGCGGCAAUGUGACCUUCAACUGCGGCAAUGACGAAAAGCAGGGCGUCUGCCGCAAGGGUGUCCUCGCCUACGCUCUCUCUGGCAGCAACAAGGUCGUUACCUGCCCGGACUGGUAUAAGAUUGUGGCCGCGACCGAUAACUGCGGCGGCACUGAUCAAGGCACCGCCAUGGUCCACGAGCUCUCGCACCUCAGCGUUGUCUACAGCCCGGGCACCGGAGACUUCGCGUACAAGUACAACGACCUCGUCCAGCUUUCGGCGGAUAAAGCCGUCCUGAACGCCGAUACCUACAGCCUCUACGCUAGUGCCAUCGAGCUUGACUGCCAGAAGGGCGAGAGCAAGGGCGUUGAACUCCCGGAUUGGAUGAUCGAUGAGAUCGCUAAUGGGAAACAGUAA